AGGUCAGGACUUACAGAGCUGCCUGGCCAGGAUAUAAGCGUGAGCUGAGAGUGCAAGAGACCCAGAAGAACCACAAGCUGGAGUGGCCAGAGUAAAGAAGGAGUCCAGCAGGACAAGCGGGUUGGACAGUCAUAGAAGGUUUGACAGACCUACAGCGGCCUCUGCAGCUGCUCCAGGGCAGCUCAAGCUCCAAGAGGACUCACCUCCUGAGCCUUUUCACCGAGGGACCAUGACAAAAUACUUGUGGCUCUUCAUGCUCAUCCUCAUCAUUCCAGUGGCUCUGGCUGUUGGUGUGGAUGAGUCCAAGAAUGAAGUGAAGGUGUUGAGGUCCUUUGAUUCCAUCAGUACCUCGAAUGCCAAUGUGAAGCAGUGUGUAUGGUUUGCUAUGAGAGAAUACAACAAAGGAAGUGGGGACAAGUACGUCUUCCUCGUGGACAAGACAUUGCAUGCCAAGCUUCAGAUCACAGACCGAAUGGAAUACCACAUUGAUGUUCAGAUCUCCCGCAGCAAUUGCAAAAAGCCUUUAAACAAUACUGAAAACUGCGUCCCUCAAAAAAACUCCAAACUGGAAAAGAAAGUCAUCUGCAGCUUUUCAGUAGCAGCUCUUCCCUGGAUUGGCGAGUUCACCCUGUUGAACCAAGAAUGUAAAAAUAUCUAAGGGUGUCUUGAAGCAUCCCUCCCAUUUCUGGGUCUGUCUUUCUCUGUGAUAAAAGAGAAGCAUCAGUUCAAGGCUGUCACCAACACUCUCCUCA